CAAAUCAAAAGAUUUCUCCCUACAUGAAACUAGGAAUUGCCAGCUCCCACUUUAAGCCAGCCAGAGACCUUACGACACCGUAUUUGUAGUCCAGAAAUAGACAUAUCACUUUCUCUACUGGUCGCGCACUUUGACACAUAAGUGUGCCAUUAGCAUUAGCAACACUCUUCACAAUUUCACAAUAAUCUGCCCUUUCCCACUAAAAAUUUCUCCCCCAAAAUGAACUUCUUCAAAUCUGUAUUCUCAGACGAAUCCGACUCUCCAAAAUCCGGAUUCGAAUCCAAUAAUAACCAAUCACACGCCGACUCCGAUCCCACCUCCCCACCCACUCCACAACCAAAUCCUAGCGAUCAUGAUUCCACUGGAUGGAGCUUUGGUGGCCUAAUCAAAACCCUAACAACCAAAUCCGAAUCCGUAAUCGAUAUCUACCGUCGCGAUUUAAAAGAAUUCGGCUCGGGUUUGAAAAAGGAGAUCGAGGUGGCCCAUGGAUCUCUUGAAACUGUGGGUCACGCGAUCGAUGAGAUUGGUACCUCCGUUCUUAAAGGUACGGCCCAGAUCAUUUCUCAAGGUAAGGAUGCAAUAUUGGCCGUUGAUCAUGAAUCCGAUUCCUCCGAUAAUAAUAAUAAUGAGAGAAGUAUUUCAAGUCAACAGAAUUUGAAUUCGAAACCCUAUAGUCGUUUUGAUGCUCAAGUAAGGUUAAUUCAAGGUGAUGUGAGUACGUAUUGUGAGGAGCCUGAGGAUUUGGAUGAUUAUAAGAAAUGGAAGUUAGGGUUUGUUUUGGAAGAGAAAAGAGAGGAUUUUGAAAGCUUGAUUCGGGAGAAUAGUGCUAUUGAGAGUGUUUACAAAAGGGUUGUGCCCACUGGUGUUGAUGAAGAGACUUUUUGGUGCAGGUAUUGUUAUAAGGUUUUUAAGCUUAAACAAGCUGAAGAUUUGAGAGCUAAUCUUGUUAAGCGAGCGAUCUCAGCAGAAGAGGAGGAUUUGAGUUGGGAUGUUGAUGAUGAUGAUGAUGAUGAGCCUGUUAGUUUGAAGAAAAAUGAGGAUUUGGGUCGUAAGAAUGGGGAAGUUGUUAAGAGUGGUGAAAUUAAUAAGAUGGAUGAUAGAGAGUUUGAACAAUCAUUGAAUGUGAAGGAGAAGGAGGAUGAAAUAUAUGGGGAGGAAGCAAAGGAAGAGAGGGCAGUGAGUAGUAGUGACAAUGUAGCUAGUGAGACAGUGGAUUUGGACAAGAGUAAGGAAGUAAGUGUGUCAAAGUCCGAUGAGAAAGCAGGAUCAGAAGGAAAGGCUGAUAAUGGAGAGUCAUCUAAAGAUAGUGAUUUUUCGGUUAUAUCAAGCCACCCCUCGAUGCCAGAGGAGGAAGAUCUUGGGUGGGAUGAGAUUGAGGAUCUGAGCAGUAUUGAUGAGAAGAAAGCAACUUAUAGUGGAAGUCCCAAUAAGGCUGAUUUGCGGAGGCGGUUGAGUGCUGCAGAAGAAGAGGAGGAUUUGAGCUGGGAUAUUGAAGAUGAUGAUGAGCCAGUUAAAGCUUGAGGCGAUUGUUUAAGUUUAUAACUAGACAUUUGUUUUCAUUGUCUGUCUCCUCCAUCUUUGUUUAUCUAAAUUUACACAAAUUAAGGAGGAACUUCUUCUUUCUUUUCCCCCCUUCAUUUCUAUGUACACUUUAAAGUGCAAAUAUUAUCUUUUAUUGUACCCUGAAGUUGAAACAAAUGUGUUUAUAAUAAUAUUUCAUUUUGUUAA